ACUGAAGAAGAAGAAGAAGAAGAAGAGGAGGAGUAGGGAGAAGGCUUCUCAAAUCCUGCCAAAAGACCAAACACAUUCCAGUCGGGUGCUAUCAAAGGGGUCGACACUAUGGGGUUUCUCUUGCACACUAAUAUAAAGAAGGAGCUUUUCCGUGCGCUAUGUAUCGCAGUCCUCCUCUUCCUCACCACAUCUGCAGAGGAAGACGACAAAGUGAAAAAUUCCCAGUGUCACAACUACGCGGGAGGACACGUCUAUCCUGGAGAGGCUUUCCGCGUGCCUGUGUCUGACCAUUCCCUGCACCUCAGCAAAGCCAAGAUUUCAAAGCCUGCGCCGCACUGGGAAGGGACAGCCGUCAUUAAUGGUGAAUUCAAGGAGCUGAAACUGUCAGACUACAAAGGCAAAUAUCUUGUCUUUUUCUUCUAUCCUCUGGACUUCACGUUUGUCUGCCCCACUGAGAUCAUCGCAUUCAGCGAUCGUGUGCAUGAGUUCAAAGACAUCAAUACAGAGGUGGUCGCCUGCUCCAUCGACUCCCAGUUCACCCACCUGGCCUGGAUCAAUACGCCCAGGAAGCAGGGUGGACUUGGACAAAUGAAAAUCCCUCUGUUAUCUGACCUCACUCACCAGAUUUCAAAAAACUACGGAGUGUACCUGGAGGACCAGGGACACACACUAAGGGGACUCUUCAUCAUCGAUGACAAAGGCAUCCUGAGGCAGAUCACCAUGAAUGAUCUUCCGGUGGGAAGAUCUGUGGAUGAGACUCUGCGGCUUGUCCAGGCCUUCCAGUACACUGACAAACACGGAGAAGUGUGUCCAGCAGGAUGGAAGCCAGGCAGUGACACAAUCAUUCCCGACCCUUCAGGCAAGCUGAAGUAUUUUGAUAAACUGAACUGAUCUGUGUUCCUCUCGUCCCAGUCUGUGAAAUCUUACUGAAAGUCCAAAUAAAAAGUGUUUUCAUAAAAUU